AUGCACUCGCAAAGCUUCCGCAACGGUAAAGCUCUUGCUGCUGAUGGUGUCAAAUCCGCGAUUGUGGUCGGAUCUGCCAACACAGCUUUCGAUGUCUUAGAUGACUGCUACUCGGCCGGUUUGCAGGUCACCAUGGUCGUCCGUUCUCCAACCUUCAUCUGCCCAACCGAAUACGUUCUUGACCAGCGCAGCCUUGGAGCGUACGACCUCGGCGUCUCAGCUGCCGAUCGUCUUUUCCUUUCACUUCCCUCUCCUGUCGAUGGUGCUCUUGCCAAGGGACUCCUCGCAAUGAUGGCCUCUCAAGAGCCCAACCGCUACAAGCCGUUGGCUGAUGCUGGGUUCCCCGUCCUCACAGCACUUGAUCCCCAGUGCGCACUCAUGUCGAACCUUAUUGAGAACUGCGGAAAGCAUUACAUGGACGUGGGAGUUACACAGCUCAUUGCCGACAAGAAGGUCUCGCUGAAGACAUUGGUAGAGCCGAAGGCGUUCACCAAGACCGGUCUCGAGUUCUCGGACGGAAGUGCUUUGGACGCAGACGCUGUUAUCUGGUGCACCGGAUUUGAUGACAUGGACGUCAAGAAGAACGUGACCGACAUGCUAGGUGGCGAGAAUGUCAAGGUCGAAGAUGGCCAGUUAGGACCUAAGGAGCUAGCCUCUCGUCUUGACACGACCUGGGGAAUUGACGCAGAAGGCGAGAUCAGGGGUGGCUAUACUCAGUUGCAUCGCUUCCACUCACAGACGCUGGCUCUGCAGAUCAAGGCUGAGCUGGAGGGGAUUCUUCCUCCUCCGUACCUCAAGACCCCGGGAGGUUAUGCUUGA